ACAAAACUACAAUUAUUUAAAUGUGAUUUAAAAUAAUAUUAGUUUAAAAUGUUAUUUUAAAAGAACUUUAUUUUUUAUAUGGAAUAGGGUAAUAAUCAUAAACAGUAGAAGAAUCGAGUCAUAAUUUAUGAGUAUACAGAGUGCUAGAUUGUAUUUUUCCCAAUUAAAUGCAGAGAUAGAGAAAUAUUACCAUGGUUUGUAUUAUAAUACUGGUGUCAGAACUAAUAGUGAGGAGUGUUUCCCCAACUUGAUACAUGGGUUUAGCAGUGCAGCUCCCAUCACCACUAAUGCAUGAAUCAAGGUUAAAGCAGCCAUGGAUAGAACUAAGACUAUAAUGCAAGGUUUGGAGAUGUCUAUUUGGAAACUAGUUUUCAUUGUUAUUUUAUGUUCUGUUUUAUGCUUUUGGGGUUCCUGCUGUUAUACUUUAAAAAUUCUACUUUCAGAUAUGGUAAAAGAUAACAUUUUAUGAGAAAUAAAAGAUGUAGCCUAGUUUUUCUACCAUUGCCAAUAAAAUGAUAUAAUGGAUUAGAAUUCCAACUAAAAGAUAGGCCCAAAGGUUUCACUGAAAUAUUGGAUAUGUGUUGCUCACACAAUGUCUAGAAAAUUCAGUUACCCGUCUAUUUGAAAAAGAAAUUGGUAUAUGUUUUCCUGACUGUCUUUCCAAUUACCAGACUAUUUUUUCCUGAGAUAUUUUCAUACAUCAGUGGUACAGCUAUAUUAUGAAAAACAAUGAAAUCCCUAGAACUAUUUCACACGGCCAUAAUGAGCAUGAAUUGGAAAUUAAUAUAUCUGACAGGAAUAGAGUAAAUAUGAUGGUGCAUAUCUUCCCCCUUCUUCUAGACAAUGUAUCUGUACCCCUGGAAGGAAAAUCUUAUCUUCUGUGGCUAAAACAAAUGAACAUUUAGGUCUCCUGCUUGCUUAAGAUCAAUAAAUGAAUAGAUUUUGCCUACUUUAAUACUUCUGUUCUAUGUUUAAUCGUUGUGUAUUUAACUGAUGGCAGCUGCCCUAAUUUAGGGCACAUUAGAAUGUGCUAACUAAUUCACUUUUGAGGAUUAAAAUUAAACAAACCAGUGUUUCACUCUGACAUGCUCAAACAGGAAGAAUAUCCUAGGGUGCAUUUUUGUUAAUAGUAAUGUGGUAAAUAGAGGUUUCAACACAGGCAUAAACUUUUAAUUGGCUGGUUUGAGAAUAUGGCUAGUUCAUAGAUUAAUGGGCAUUAAUCAGAAUUGUAGUUUCUUUAUAUUCAAACCAAAGCCUCUUUGAAUAUUAAAUCUCUAUGCCAAUGAGAUCAUCAACCUUAUUUUAAAGUCUCACAUUGGGAGAGCCAUCACGGGUGAUGAUAAUGAUGCUAAAUGAGCAACGUAGUUGAGAAAAAUAAGCAUCGAGGAUCACGCAAAUAUGAUCACAUCUUGUAGGCAUUACAUUUUUCAUUCAGAUGGACUAAUUAAUUAAUUCACUAACUUCUCAAUGAUACACAACCCCCAGAACUCGACUGUUAAGCCACUGCUUCCAGGAAACUAGGGACCCACAUGACACUGGACAGGAAGAGUGAUUGACCUCAUGAGUAACUAUGGCUACCCAUGCCCUUUUGAGAGCCCAGCCUUUACAGAGAAGAGGGAAAACUAGGGCCACAGGGCCUAAUGGCACACACAGCGCUGCUGGCGAUGAGAGUCUGAGCCAGCAGCUGGAAUCUUGAGCUGGUCACCUUGCCUCAGCCAGGUGGUUAGCCCAGCUUUAAUUAUUAAUAGAGCAUUAGGCUUCCCUGCUCUGUGACCUGGCAUCAGGCUGUGGUGGCAUGGGCAGUAAACCUCUGCAUACUAUUUCACAUUUGGGCAUCGAUUAAUAAGCAAGUGAUUCUCUUUUGUGUUAUUUUGGAAAAAAGAGAUUUAUUGUUAUAUAUGUAGGUAGCGUCAUAGGUUUUGACUGGUUGUCCUUAUCCCAUUCAGUCCUCCUUAAGGAGCCUAGAUAUUAGCCUCAAGUGAGGCUUAUAGGUCCAAGGUCCAAAAGAAUGUGAUGGUUAGUGCCCACCCAUACACAAUAGCACCAGGAAAUUAAUAAUGUAAAACUAGAAGACUCUCCAAAAGCUCACUUUGCUCAGAAGUAUGUGGCUAGAGUCAGGCCUUCUUCUCUCUGCACGUGUGUGCUGUUAGCCCAGGAGAGCCCAAACCAAAACAUAAUAAAGCUUCAACAUCCCUGCACUCAGCAUUUUACAAAUCUCUUUGGAAUGGGAAAGUAAAUAAUUCCUUAAACACUUGGCUCUUACAGUAGUCAGUCUUGGACAGCUGUCAACAGGAAACCCCAAUUUAUCUAGUACUAAAACCUUCUGUCACCAAAGGUCCUGUCACCUAAACCUUGACAUAGGACCUAUGAGAAAUUUUUUGUUGUUGUUAUUAUUAGGAAGCACUAGCAAGUAUUUGGAAAAGAUGGGGAAACUUAGGAGAGUGGAAUCACAUUUCUCCUAAAUACUAUCUUUAAUUAUUUACUUACUUGAGAGCUUGUUUAAAAUGAAAAGUUUUUCCUUUUCUUUUAGUAAGUUGAGAAACACCAAUUGCAUGACCAUGUCCUGGUAAUGAAAUCUUAAGAUCGCUUAACACUGUCACCCAUGAUAAUUGCAAGACACUACAUUUUGUUCUUGAAAAUCUCAUUGAGCCUUACCCCCAACAUUCUGUCGUUUACAAACCUGUCAUAGAAUCACAUAAGAUGACGGGAUUUCUGUGACAAAGCAUUUGUGAUUUUAUCUUUAUUUGAUCUUGAGUUGUUUACUAUUUUCAUUGUGCAGGCAAUUCUCAGGCAUCAUCCAGCUGAUUCUUACUCUCUGUGAAUCCUGCAGAGGGAGGGGGAAUCAAUGAAACACGUUCUCUCUUAGAGGGAGUGAUGAGGGAGGGAGAAGAAGAUUAUAUAUGGAGGGAACCUUUCCCUGUCUCAACACUGCUGUAUGCAUGGGCUGACCCAGCUGGAAACAGAGGUCUCUCCCCUGCUGCUGUCACUUUUCAGGGAAGGAAGAGUAUGUCUGGAGCCAUAGCUGGGGGAGUGGGGAGCAGGGGUUGAGGGCAGGAUUUUUUCGAUCACUACUGAAAUUGGAGCGAUAUGAACUUGAACUCUUAAGAGGAAGGUGAUGUGGUCUCCAAGAAGGCAAUUAGGUAGACAAGAAGUGUGAGAAUUAGGGAUCAGAACUUUGAGGUGAACAGGUUGAGUGGUCUUAGACAAGUUACAUUUAACCUCAGUGCCUCAUUUUCCUUAUAUCAAGCAGAGACAGUGUUAGAAUUAAUUAAUUUUGCAGGGUGCUUUGAGAUCCACUGUUGAAAGACUGAAGUAGUAUAGAAGGACGUUUUGUGUUGCUGCUGUUACUGUUUUUAGAAAAAGAGAAAACUCUCCAUAUUUUCUUUUUGUUACCUAUGUUCCAGACCCCCACACCCUAUAAUAAGAAACAAAAGUAAUGUGUUGGCUUUAUCAACUAAGUAUUCAUCCACACAGUUAUUUCUUCACAUUUUGCAGGGCUGAUGAUGUCACUGUUUGGGGGGGUUUGUCUUUGGUUGGUUGUUUUUAGGGUAUGCUUCAUGCCUGAUACUAACACUUUUAAACUGAUUCCCUUAAACUUCUCAAAAAGUUCCCCAAAUUUGACCUUUGAACAGAGGUCUGCUGUUUCCAAGGCUGACCACGAACGCAGCCUCACGCUACCCUCACCUCUUUCUGGUUGCUUCCUCUUUUUGUGGCAGAACAAAAAAUCCCAAGUUCUGUAUGUUUGCUUACAAAUACACGGCUCAGCUGUGCCCCCAUCCUUUGUGUCAACAUGAAAAUUUUCUUGUUCUAUGUUUAGCUUGAAUAAUUACCAAACUGUUUGUAAUUAGAAUGUGAGGAUGUGACCUCACAGCAAUUUUUUCAUUUCCUUUCUCUGUCUUUAAUACAUUUCAGAAACUGAAAAUGCCAAAUCUCUGUCCUUUUUUUUUUUUUUGAUGCUUAUCAGUAAUGGAAACAUUGCAAAACAAUCAGCCCAAUACCUAUGCUUUGUUCAUUUAUUGCCUUCUCUGAAGAUAAAUUGACUGUACUCAACUCUCUUCAGCAUUUUUCUUCACCUAGAUAUUAUUGCCUUGUGCAGCCACCCCAAGGUGACUGUUAUCACUUAAUUAAAUCCUUGCACGCUGGGAAGAAAAAACAACAUUGUUCCUUCAUAACCCCAAGGAGCCUAUUUUUAAGCCACUAAGCCUUUUCCCUGUUUUAUUAACUUAUUCCUGGCUACAACAAGACAUACUUUUGUUGAUGAGCAAAAGGUUGUAUUAGCUUUUUAUUUUCUGGGUAAACUUAUCUAUUCUCUGGGAAGAGGGAAAAAAAGAAUGGACAUUAUAAGAGAAGGGGAAAAAUGGGGUCUCUUCAACCUCCCUGAUUCUAGUAAAGGUCUCUGUAAACACUGAGCUGGAAACUAGAAGCAGGGGGAUUCAGGGAAGGGAAUGAGAAAAUAAAAUGUAAACAUAAAAUGGGAACAAGACUAAAAGUAAAAUGACGAGCCUGUCUAUUGGGGGAAGCAUGAGGCAUAGGGGACACCACUUUCAAGCUAAAGAAACCAGGUAUAGACAUUGCAUUUUUGGAAGAGGAUUUUCUAUCAGCUCUUCUUUUUGUUGAUGCUAUAGAGAAGCAUCUUUUUAUUAACCUCUUGUUUAAUGUUUUUAACCCCUGAAGUCAGGUUUUCUUCUUUACCUUAUGGCAUUAGGCAUCCAUUGUCAACCAGUUCUAUGCCCAGAUAUGUUUCAAGGCGUGAAAGAACUAGUGGGGUAUGUUUAGAGGGCUGUGUUUGUGUGUACACGUUAGUAAUAGGGAUGCACAACCCGUAAUCAGAGUUCUGAGUGCAGCACUUGAUAACAAAAAGUUCACUUGCUGCAAAGGAAGUUAUCUGUUCAUGCAUAGUAAAUUAUGUACUUUUUAGUUUGUUUCUAGUCCAUUAAAUCGUGGGCCAGAAAAUGGGUUUGUCACUUUUAAAAUUUGGACCCAAGCAAGCAUAUGUGUUUAUUCAUGAUGCUAAAUCAUUUUACCACACGCUGUGUUCACCAACAGUGUAAAUGCUGCUUAAAGCUGUCAUAUUGGCAAGAGCAGUUGAUGCUAUGACAGGCUGGGGUUGGAUAGAGACCUGGUUCUUAAAUAGUUGGAUAAUUAAGAUAUCUGAACCGUUCCUGAUCGCUGCCCCCACAGGUUACACGUUUUUCAGCUUCACACACACAAAACAUGUGAUUGGGGGAAAACUGGCUUACUCCCUGAGACAGUGCAAGAGAUAUUCAGUGGCUCAGUAUCCCUGUCUCUACAAUGGGAAAACACAAACACCUCUAGGAAGAUGUGAGAAUGGGCCCAAGGAUGCCUGUGAAAAUUCCUGUAAUGAAAGGGCCAUCUGUACAAACACCAGGAGUUUUUUCUUACUUGGUGCAUAAGAUCCUCCAAUGCCUACUUGGACUGACGGAGAAUCUUCACAUGUUGCCUUCUUGGAUGUGGCUCAUAUCUGCAGUAGUCUCCCAGUUGCCAGCUAAAUGAAUGCCUGUGGGGAUGUGUAUAUCUGCCCACUCACUGGAGUACAUCAGUUUAGCUUUGUUCCUCUGCAGGUUAAUUUCUUUCCCUUUAUAAUAGCAUUAUAAAUAUCUUAGGGAGGCAGGUUAUGGCCUCUCCCAGCAGACACCCUGAACUGUGUUUGUCUGAAAGGUUUACCUGGUGUCAUGAUGAAGUUAGUAUACAUGUAUGUACAUGUUUGACUUCAAAUUCCAACUUUUGCUGGCCAGGAACUCCUCAUGGCUUUUUCCUGACAACCUUAGAAUACAAUAUAGCAUCAUAAAAUGAGUUAUCAUUUAGUGUCUGUGCGUGUGUGCUGUCUCUCACAUACAUGCACCACAUCAAGGUUAGGCAGGGUCCUUCUUAAGCUAUGCUUGCCAGUUUUGUACAUCUGGCCUUUUGGAUUGUCAGAUCAGGAGGCAACAUAGCUUUCCUCAGUAGCCCAUUUUUGUCCUUGACGGUCCUUUCUGUCAUUUCCUCAGAUCCUUUCCUGCUCAAAUUUUCCACACUGCGUUUGCCCCACCUGCAGCAGAAGGCGGUUGCCAGCCUUGCAGACAAACCUCACGUGUGUCCACAUUGUCCCUCAGCUUCCUCGAGGCUCAGUAAUCCAGCCCACUUAACUAUCCCCUAAAAGUGUUAUGUUUCAAUCAUCUAAUCAUUUUCUCAGCUCCCUUUUGAACCCUAAGUUGUUUCAGUAAAGUGGCAACGCCCAGAACUGAAUUUAUUUAAGAUCUAAACAGUGCUGAAUAAAAAGGCAAAUUAACUUCGGAUCCUAAAAUCAAAUGUUCAUGGCUGCCACUUCCAGGCAUUGAAAUUAAAAAUAUUGAGUCGAUCAGUUGCCUCACGUAUACACGUAAAUGGGCGGUCCACGUGCGCAUGCGCACACGUGGCGGGCGGUGUUGGCUCCCGCAGAGCCACGGAGAGCGAGAGUCGCCCUCAGACACCGACCUCUGCUUGCAGGGCACGAGGCAGCCAGCAGCCGCGACUUCGCUCGCGGGUCUCGGAGUGUGGUGCUAUUUGAAGGUAAACAGAACUGGAGUCAGGCAAAAUUGUCAAGCGGUUGGAAGGCUUCGGCGUCAGUCCCUGGAUGGCUUUGUAUUUGCACUAAAUCAAGAAGGAAAAUUUUUGUACAUCUCUGAAACGGUCUCCAUCUACCUAGGUCUCUCACAAGUGGAGCUGACAGGCAGCAGCGUCUUUGACUAUGUCCACCCGGGAGACCACGUGGAGAUGGCAGAACAGCUGGGCAUGAAGCUUCCACCUGGGCGGGGUCUCCUCUCACAGGGCACCGCUGAGGAUGGAGCCAGCUCAGCAUCUUCCUCCUCUCAGUCGGAGACCCCUGAGCCAGUGGAGUCAACCAGCCCCAGCCUGCUAACCACUGACAACACCCUUGAGCGUUCCUUUUUCAUCCGAAUGAAAUCUACUCUGACCAAACGUGGUGUGCACAUCAAAUCAUCGGGAUAUAAGGUGAUUCACAUAACAGGCCGGCUACGCCUGAGAGUGUCGCUGUCCCACGGGAGGACCGUCCCCAGCCAAAUCAUGGGUCUCGUGGUUGUGGCUCAUGCCUUGCCUCCCCCGACGAUCAAUGAAGUCAGAAUUGACUGCCAUAUGUUCGUCACUCGAGUAAAUAUGGACCUCAAUAUCAUUUACUGUGAAAAUAGGAUUAGUGAUUAUAUGGAUCUGACCCCCGUAGACAUUGUAGGAAAGAGAUGCUACCACUUCAUCCACGCCGAAGACGUUGAGGGCAUCAGGCACAGUCACUUAGACUUGCUGAAUAAGGGUCAGUGUGUGACAAAGUACUAUCGUUGGAUGCAGAAGAAUGGAGGAUAUAUUUGGAUACAGUCUAGUGCCACCAUAGCUAUUAAUGCCAAGAAUGCAAAUGAAAAGAAUAUCAUCUGGGUGAAUUAUCUUCUUAGCAAUCCCGAGUACAAGGACACACCCAUGGACAUCGCGCAGCUCCCCCACAUGCCAGAGAAAACCUCCGAAUCCUCAGAGACAUCCGACUCGGAAUCAGACUCUAAAGACACCUCAGGUAUUACAGAGGACAACGAGAACUCCAAGUCCGACGAGAAGGGGAAUCAUUCCGAGAACAGCGAAGACCCGGAGCCCGACCGGAAGAAGUCAGGCAACGCGUGCGACAACGACAUGAACUGCAACGACGACGGCCACAGUUCCAGCAACCCGGACAGCCGCGACAGCGACGACAGCUUCGAGCACUCGGACUUUGAGAACCCCAAGGCGGGCGAGGACGGCUUCGGCGCGCUGGGCCCGAUGCAGAUCAAGGUGGAGCGCUACGUGGAGAGCGAGUCGGACCUGCGGCUGCAGAACUGCGAGUCGCUCACGUCCGACAGCGCCAAGGACUCGGACAGCGCGGGCGAGGCGGGCGCGCAGGCCUCCAGCAAGCACCAGAAGCGCAAGAAGAGGCGGAAACGGCAGAAGGGCGGCAACGCCAGCCGCCGGCGCCUGUCCAGCGCGUCGAGCCCCGGCGGCCUGGACGCCGGCCUGGUGGAGCCCCCGCGGCUGCUGUCCUCCCCCAACAGUGCCUCGGUGCUCAAGAUCAAGACGGAGAUCUCGGAACCCAUCAACUUCGACAACGACAGCAGCAUCUGGAACUACCCGCCCAACAGGGAGAUCUCCAGGAACGAGUCCCCCUACAGCAUGACCAAGCCCCCCAGCUCCGAGCACUUCCCGUCCCCGCAGGGCGGCGGGGGCGGCGGCGGGCUGCACGUGGCCAUCCCGGACUCGGUCCUCACCCCGCCCGGCGCCGACGGCGCGGCCGCCCGCAAGACUCAGUUCAGCGCCUCGGCCACCGCGGCGGCCCUGGCCCCGGUCGCCUCCGACCCGCUGUCGCCCCCGCUCUCGGCGUCCCCGCGGGACAAGCACCCCGGGAGUGGCGGCGCGGGCGGCGGCGGCGGCGGCAGUGGCGGGCCCAGCUCGUCCAACUCCUUGCUGUACACUGGGGACCUGGAGGCGCUGCAGAGGUUGCAGGCGGGCAACGUCGUGCUCCCGCUGGUGCAUCGGGUGACCGGGACCCUGGCCGCCACCAGCACGGCCGCGCAGAGGGUCUACACCACGGGCACCAUCCGCUACGCGCCCGCCGAGGUGACCCUGGCCAUGCAGGGCAACCUGCUGCCCAACGCGCACGCUGUUAACUUCGUGGACGUUAACAGCCCCGGCUUCGGCCUCGACCCCAAGACGCCCAUGGAGAUGCUCUACCACCACGUGCACCGGCUCAACAUGUCCGGACCGUUCGGCGGCGCCGUGAGCGCGGCCAGCCUGACGCAGAUGCCCGCCGGCAACGUGUUCACCACGGCCGAGGGACUCUUCUCCACGCUGCCCUUCCCCGUGUACAGCAACGGCAUCCACGCGGCUCAGACUCUGGAGCGCAAGGAGGACUGAGGCGCGGCGGCCAGGGUCCGCCGCAGGAGGCAUCGUCGGCGUUUUCGUUUAGACCUUUAAUUCUAGCACUUUGAAUUCGAGCAGGUCAGCGCCCCUCUCCGCGCGACGGUCCCCAUUCCAUCCCCUCUUUCUUUAACUUGACUUAUUCUUUCGUGUAAAGAUAUGUUUAUUUUUUACCUUCAGAGGGUCAGACGACCAGUUGCCUGCCAUUUUGUCUUCUUCUGAGAUGUGUGUUGGGUUGUUUUGCUUUCCUUUGCAUCUUUAUUAAGAUGUCUUUAAUGUGUAUAUGCCUCUGCCAUAGAAUACUCAGUCUUGUGGUCAAGAGAUUUCUCGAGUGACAACCAUUGGGUUUUCUCCAUAAAGAUCUUGAUGUGAUCAAGAUGGAAAGAGACAAGCAUAAACAAUGUGCCCUGUUUGACUAAGUCAAAUGAAAUGGGGUGGUUCUCUUUUGUUUCUGUUCCUAAUUCCUUUAAAAAUAGGGGAAUAGUAUUUUAGAAUUUUAUGCAGAAUUUAAUUAUCUUUUUAUGGUUAAGAUUUUAAGAUUUUCUUACUUGCACAUAAAAAUAAUUUGGGUUCUUAAACUUAAUUUCUGGCCUGUGACUAGAAUGUUUAAAAACAAAAGUUGGACUAAAUGUUAAUUACUGAAACAUUAACUUAAUUUCUAAAACCAUGGUGCUAUCAUUUAUUAAUCUGUAAUGUCUUCAUACAAAAUGCAGCUCCUGGGCUGGGUUUUGGAAAAAAAACAAUGUGUUCUGUUCUGGUCUGGAGUCCGUUGCUGCAGUCUCCUUGGUUAGUUAAGACAAAGCCCUCAUUAACGUUUGCUGCAGGACUUAAAAUUUUUACCUCCCAACUAACAAACACAGCCUCACAUUAAAUUUAAUGGGUCAGUAAAGCCCUUUUUAAAGGGGCUUUUGGAAAACUCAAUCAAACUGAUUUGAGGAGCAGUUUAGGUACAUACUGCCUUUUGUUGAGCUCUUUUUUCCUUACUCAGUCUAACUGAGGCUAAUUUUGCAACUUCAAUAACACUUCAGAGUAAAAGAAGGAAAAAUAUUUAACAUGUUUUUGGGUUUUUUCAUUUCUUGCUUAAAAAAAAAGGAAGGUUGUAUUUCGGGGGACUGGUUUGAUUUGGUGGAAUUUAUUUCCCUUUGGUUCUUAUUUCUGGGUUGAAAACCAAUAAGUUUUAAAACUAAAGAAUGGGUUAAUAAGCUUCAGACAGAUAACUGCAACUGAAAACUGCACAUUAAGUAAAAAAAAAAAUUUAAAAAAAGUGAAAAAGAAAAAGAAAAAAAUAUCCUAUUUUGUCUUUGUUGCCAGAAAUCAGUGUGGUGUCAAACACUCCAAAUGACUGUCAAGUAUAAAUUCUUCUUCCACUUCAUUUUUGGCAGCUGUUUGUUAAGGCAUCUAAUAACAGAUGUGAGAACUGUAAUGUGUACAAUGUGUACGUGUCCCUGGCUGUCAGUCCCACUGCAGUUUCAAUGUGUGUUUCUAUAUGCAGUAUAUACUAAGCUAAUGUAGUUGUUUUGUCUUUUGUCUUCUCUGUGCUCUAUCUCUAGUCCGGAGUGGUACAGUCCCAUUCCUGCAGUCCUAGUGAAUCAGUGAUUCUUGGGGGUUAGUGGUUUUUGUGUGGUGGCCUUCCUCUGUAAUGUCACCCUAUGCUGCUUCUACUGUCUGUGAAUCUUCCGUUUUACCUUUUAAAAUUCCUGCUGUUGCUUUGCUGGUGUAUAUUCUCCCUACCUCUCCUUUCUUUCCUUCCCUUUCUCUUCUGCCCCACCUCCUCCUCCCUCUCCAUUCCUUCCCCCAUCUCCAAAAAUCUCUUUCAUUCUCAGAGAUAAAAAGACUCUUAACUAGCUCAAGGUUAAUGGAGCCAUUUUUUCCACAACGGAAUUCUGGGUAUGACUCUCUUCUGGAGUGCAACACAAAGCACUCAAGAAUAAUGCUCAGAUAUAUAAAUAAAUUGAUGCCAUAUAGCCUCAGUUGUUAACAUUCCCAGAGUCCCUUGUGCUCUACCUAUAAGCAGUGGGUGCUUUUCUUUGGUUUCCUUUCAGGUUGGCUGAUGGAGCAAUAUAUAAAAGCAAUUACUGGUGAGACAGAAAAUUAUUUCAAAAGUCAACCAACAUUUUUAAGAAACAAAAUGGGAGGGGGUAAUGGAAUAUAGAAUUGUCAUAUAUAUUUGUUUAUUCGUGCAAUGCUAAUAUAGUAACUCGGCUGUCCUUCGAAUAUCACUGUGUUGAGUGGAUUCCUCUAGUACCUUUGAUUCCAUGAGUUGGGCCCAAAUCACGGUGGAAAAAUAACAAAAAGAAGGUAAAUGCCGCAAAUUUCAAUAGAGAGCUUACUUGAAGGAUGUAAGUAGGUUUAGAAGGUAAAGAAGGCUGAUCAAGAAAUUUUAAAGAUUAAUUUUGGAAGCUCUACUCUAGCUAUCGAACAAUCAAAGGAAUGCACCUAUCAGCUACAAAGAACAGCUAGACAGCUGUUUUUUUUCUUUUAUAAAUGUUUCUGUGUUGUGUCAAAAUGAUUUCUGGUGAUUUAAACUAACAGAUAAUCACAGCUGCUGUCUAAAUCCAUAGUGUUUAAAAUUACAAAAUGAAAAAAAAAAAAAAAACACUUCAUUACCUGUGAAGACUGUGUCUGUGUUUUUAACUAUUUCUUGUACAAAUAUAUGAAAACUUUUAUGAGGAGACUGGUGCCAAGUAGCUGAAUAAUGGGGAAAGGGAUAUUCUGUUCGUAAAAAUCUUAGCAGUGUUACCAACUCUACGAUAUAUAUAUAAAAAAAUAAUUAAAACGUUACAAAGCGACAGCUAUGGUACAUUUGUUUUGUGUGAAGCUAACCGGACCUAACUUCCUGAGUGCCUGGCUUAUUUUGAAACAUUUUUUUUCAUUGACCAUUGAUAAUGCUGCAAAUCAGAAAUGUACAUACUUCAUUUACAACAGGGUUCUUUUUAUACUUUUGUAGAUUCUCAUACAUGUCACAUACAUGGUUGUCUUUAUGUAACUUAAUUUUUUCAUCCGCAGGUGCCAUUUUCAUAAUAAACUUCUCUUGGAUUUGUUACUA